AUGCAGUCACCUUCUGAGACUCUAGCCUGGGAUCUCAGCCCUGCAAUCGAUCUUCUGAAGACACUUUCUCACUGCGAGCCGAAGAACAGUAUUUCGACAACACCGCGUCCACCGGAGCGAUCCGCCUUUUCAGAUCCCCCACUGGUGCUUAGCCAAGCUGACGAUGAGGAAUUGAGCUUGGGAAACUUUAGCAGAAUAUGGGAAUACCUGUCACUGCCUCGUAAUGGUGGAAAUGCAGAUGAGGGAAAGUCUUUCGAGCAGGACGCUGAGCGUGUGGCGAAGGAAGUCAGAUGGCGGGAUGAGGUUUCGGGAGCAGAUCUAGAGGACAAUGUUGAUUCCACCUACGUCGCCUCAACAAGAACAAGGAAGCGUGCGGCAAGGCGUUCACGGGCGAAACAGCGUGCAGAAAAGGCAACUUCGACGCAGAUCAAUUCCUAUGAAAAUGGGUCCGACAGCGCCAGCUUUAAUGAAGACGAUUCAGGUGAAGAGUUAAGACGUCUAUGUCGCUCACCCGACAGGAGAGCGGUGAUACAGGAAAUUCUUCAACGGAGUAGUAAGGAUGCUGUUGAUCUGCCCUCACCUCCGACGUCUCCCUCCCCUCCUAAGCAGAGCCUGCGUGUGCUGAAGAAAGACUGGCCUAUCUCCAAUCCAUUCCAGUGGUCCGCGUCAACAAACUCUGGCUCUAGUCGGUCUCAACUCCUGCCUUUAGGCGGUCUAUCUCAAGAGCAAAGAAGAUCCAAGCUCAUAGCUCGACUAGCAGAACGUUAUCCUUCAGAGGGCAAGUACCUGAAAAAUAAGGGUCUCAUCCAUCCCGAAUUCAUACCUCUUAACACUUCCGAUAUUGGUGUACAUGUUUUUGUUGACAUUUCAAAUAUCAUGAUUGGCUUUCACGAUUGUCUGAAGCUCUCGCGUGAUAUUCCCGUCUCUACACGCGUUCGACGAGUUCCAAUGUCUUUUCAUAGUUUAUCACUCGUCCUUGAACGAGGUCGUCCAGCCGCUAAGCGAGUCUUGGUCGGAUCCGACAAAUUUCCUACUAUUCAGCAAGCCGGGCGGAUUGGGUAUGAGGUGAAUGUACUGGAAAGGGUCCGAAAGGCAAAGGAUGUGACAGGACGUGCAAAGACAAAUCAUAACAAAGGCGGCAUGUCAGCGCCCUCUAGCGGUUCUGAAACGCCAGGUGGACCAGAAAAGUGGGUCGAGCAGGCCGUAGAUGAGAUCCUACAUUUGAAGAUUCUCGAAAGCCUGAUAGAUGGUGACAGACCAAGCACCAUAGUUUUGGGUACAGGUGACGGAAAACGAAGCGAGUAUGGAGACGGGUUCAUGAAAAUGGUUGAGCGAGCUUUGAAUAGGGGCUGGGCAGUCGAACUUUGCAGUUUCAAAAUGAACACAAGUGGGGUAUACCAGCAUAAAGAGUUCCGAGCAAGAUGGGGAGACAUGUUCCAGUGGGUUCAGCUGGAUGACUUUGUGGAGGAUCUGGUUGACGAUCAGGAUAAUUGA